AAUAUGUGUUAAACAUUUUUUGACAAAUAAAUUAGGACACCCGAAAUAGGAUAGUUAUAGCAAGAUAAGAUUAGUAGAAUUAGUUGGUAAAUUAAGUUAAAAAGCUUCUCAAACGCUUGUAAAACUAGGUAGUGAAGUUAUAGAAAUUUUCUACAAAAAGAAAACACAUGUCAAUGUUGUUGGUGAUGUUUUAAGAGGCGGCAAAACAAGAAAAUAAACAAACACCAUAUUCCCAUCAUUUAAUUUUACAAAAUAAAAAAAUAAAUAAAUACAACCCAAAUACUUCCAUUUAUUAAAAAAAAUCUUCCUUUUUCAUUUCUUUUCUUCUUCAACCCGGUCCCCGCCUCCGCCGCCGCCGCCGCUAACCGGAGAAAUUGGGCGGUGCCGCCAUGAAUUCAACCUCCUCCCACCAUUUAAUUUCAUGGCUUUCCAGUUGUUAGUUUAAUCUGAGAAGUUUUUUCGGAAAGGUGAUGGAGGAGCCUAGUCAAUUGAAACGAGCACUGAUAGAUGCGUCAGCAGGAGCCAUCUCUGGUGCUAUAUCUCGCACUGUUACCUCUCCUCUGGAUGUCAUUAAGAUCAGGUUUCAGGUACAACUGGAACCAACAACUUCAUGGGCUUUGCUUCACAAAAACAUGUAUGGACCGUCAAAGUACACUGGAAUGUUACAGGCAGCUAAAGACAUCUUAAGAGAGGAAGGACCACGGGGUUUUUGGCGUGGGAAUGUCCCAGCUUUGCUCAUGGUUAUGCCAUAUACAUCCAUACAAUUCACAGUCUUGCACAAGUUUAAGACAUAUAUGUCUGGCUCUUCCAAGGCAGAAGACCACAUCCAUCUGAGUCCUUACUUAUCCUAUAUAAGCGGGGCUGUUGCAGGUUGUGCAGCCACUGUUGGAUCAUAUCCAUUUGAUCUUGUACGCACCAUAUUAGCUUCACAGGGUGAGCCAAAGGUAUACCCCAACAUGAGGGCUGCAUUUGUAGGUCUUCUUAACAGACGUGGCUUGCGAGGACUGUAUGCUGGUUUGUCACCUACACUAGUUGAAAUAGUUCCUUAUGCAGGCCUUCAGUUUGGCACUUAUGACACUUUCAAGCGUUGGACUACGGCCUGGAACCAAGUAAGAUAUUCUGGAGGACACGCCAGCAGCGACGAUACCCUUUCAAGCUUCCAGCUUUUCCUUUGUGGAUUAGCAGCUGGUACAUGUGCUAAGGCUGUCUGCCACCCAUUGGAUGUCAUCAAAAAGAGAUUCCAGGUUGAAGGAUUGCAACGAGAUGUACGAUAUGGAGCUAGAGUUGAGCAAGGUGCCUACAAGAGCAUGUAUGAUGCCCUCAUGCGAAUCUUGCAAGCCGAAGGCUGGGGUGGUCUAUACAAAGGCAUUGUACCCUCCAUUGUGAAAGCAGCACCUGCUGGUGCUGUUACUUUUGUGGCCUAUGAAUAUUCAUCUGAGUGGUUGGAGUCCAUAUUAACAGACAGCUAAUCAAUUUUUUUCACUUUUCUUUAAUCCAUUGAGGUCUUUUGAUUUUUUUUUUCCUUACCUUUCAACCUAUAAUUUUGUUUUUAUUUUUUCAUGUAUACAAGGAAGGCCCUGAAAAAGAUGUUAGGGUCUAUUUUUCACAGCAUUUACCAAUUCUUUUGUCAUAGGCACCCCACUAUUUAGGAUUUCAAUCUUAUGCAAAGUGAAACCAUGCAAUGCUCGAAGGUAGUGUUAUAUGGCUUCGACAUAUAAGGCGACAUUUGUGUUGAUCACAAUGCCUGUAUGUGUCGAGCCAUGUGAUACUAUGUUCCGGGACUGCAAGUAUUCUCACUGCUGCAGAAGAAUGUAAUCCUGUCUUAUAUGGUGGGUAGUACGUGUAAAGGAGAACAUAAAAAGAGGGGACAGAUUUUACCAAGCUUAGCUUGGAGCCUCCUUUGACUGAUUGAUUUUUGUACAAUUGGCGCGGCUAUUACUAUUGGUGAUGUAUAAUGUUAAUCUUGAUUGAUAAGUACAUGUAAACAUCUAUUGUUUUUCAUGGCUGCGACAGAAUUAUAGUUAAUUUGUUGAUACUUUAUCUAAUGUGCCCACUAAUGUUGAUUCUGGAUUUGUAUCUAAAUCUUGACUUAA